CCAUUUGAAGCUGGAAUGAUUGGAGAAAUCUGCCUCAAAAAGUUGUAUCAGCGAGAGGCGAUGACGCCAUUUUCGAGAAUUUUGAGCAUUUGCGCGCUUCUUUCGCCGUGUCGUCAUAAUGGCCAUGAUCAUAGGGUCAGUCAAAUCUGACGUGUUCACCUCUCCCUCCUGACGGGGUGGGAGGGGUGCGUUUAGAAUGACAACCGCUGACCAACAGCUGAUUGCAUGACCUGCUCGUUGCCGUGAGCGAGCGAGGAGCGUGCAGUUUUGCUGUGAGUUGAUUUGCUUUCGCCGUAAAGUAAUUUUUUUUUUCUACCGUGAGGAUGAGUUUUGUGUUGCCGUUAGAUGUUUUUGUCUUGCCAUGAGUUAGUUUCUUUAAGCCUUGAGUUAGUUUAUUUUCCGUGACUUUUCAUCGUGACAGAAAGGGAAUUUUAUUGUCAUUGGAGAAAACUCCGCCAUUGCUCCAACUCGAAAAUAUGGCAGACGCCGAAGAAUUCUUGAUCAUAAAAGGCACGAGAAUAUUGCUUCCAGAUUGUAUUUCGUCGGGAUCCAUCAUCGUGAAGAACGGAAAAAUAGUGGGAAUUGAAAGGGGUCUCGACACGACCUCCCUGCCAUCAAAAGCCAAGGUAUUAGAUGCUGGUGAUCUUGCUGUGAUGCCUGGAGUUGUUGAUAGCCAUGUUCAUGUUAAUGAGCCUGGAAGGACAGACUGGGAAGGGUUUGUGACAGCUACACAAGCUGCCGCAUCAGGUGGAAUCACCACCAUUGUGGACAUGCCACUGAACUCCAUUCCCCCUACCACUACCCUAGAUGGUUUUUAUACCAAACUAGACAGUGCCAGGAACAAGUGUUGGACAGAUGUUGCCUUCUGGGGAGGGGUGGUACCAGGCAAUCAGGCUGAAAUCAAGCCCAUGGUGAAUGCAGGUGUCAAAGGUUUUAAGUGCUUCCUUAUUCAUAGUGGAGUUGACGAGUUCCCAUCUGUAACAGAGAGUGAUGUCAGGAUGGCAAUGGAGCAAAUGCAAGGAACAGAUGCUGUGUUUCUGUUCCAUGCAGAAGUUGAGAUCCCUCAAAACACAGAAAACACUUGUAAAGACUCUGCAAAGUACGCUACAUUCUUACAGUCUCGUCCAGAAGCUAUGGAAAACCAAGCUAUUGAGCUGGUCAUAAACCUUUGUAGAGAAUAUAGGUAAGAACCAGUGCACUAGUACCUCCUUUGAGACAGCUCUGCCUAAAGUGCCUGAAGAUUCUAUUUUACAUGUUCAGUUCAAAAAUCAGGUAUUGUUUCUUUAUCACUUUCCUGAGUCCCCACUUUCCACAUCCUUAAUGACCCGGGUCCCUGAGUCCUCACAUCCUCACGCCCCACGUCCCCAAAUCCUCAAGACCCACAUCCCCGAGUCCCACAUCCCCGAGUCCACACCUGCCGGAGUCUUACGUCCCAUGUCACAGUCCCCCUCCCUCUUUUAGGCACAGCUACUUUGAGACCCUUGUCCUUCCAAACCGGUCAGCCUGUAAAAUUUACCGUCUGCGCACAUCUUUUGGAAAAUAAUUCAACACCACAGGUAUCAUAAACUCAUUGGUGAGAUUUUGUAAACCACAGGUGCACCAAGCUGACUAACAGCCGUGAACAUUACAUGACAUUGCGUAACAACGAAAAUAUAAGAGGUUGUAUGGAAAUGUCACGAUUGUGUAUUUAAAGCUAGAAAUAAAUCGACUUACCACAUUUCUUUGCUUGUUACUUGUGUUUCGAAGCCUUAUAUUUGCCAUGUCGCUGUCGAUUUUGAGGCAGUUUUAACGUGAUUUCCAGAGUUUUCCGCUUUUCACAGAAAUGAUACAAGAUUGUAGAGCGAAAAACAGUAAUGCUAAAACUCGCUAACUUCGCUUUAGAACUCUUAAACCCCUCAGAAACAUAAGAAAUACACAAGGAAAGAGAAGAGAUCGAGGCGUUUCAUAAUAAUUGUGUAUCGCAGGAUCGCAUCAAUGGCAUCGUGUAGCCUGAGAACAGGCUCUCGGUCAGCCCGAACUGCCCCACCCCGAUCGCUUCGCUCAUUCUUCUGUUUCGCGCUCACCGAAUUUUUUUUUUCGUCCUCGCCUGUUCGCAGGCUAUAGGAUCGUCUUGCCUCCCCUCGGCCACUUCACUCUCCGCCAGUUUCUUCUCGGCCCUUCCAGCCGCGGUCGGACCCUUCUAGCCGGAGCCUGUUCACAGGCUAGGAGCGUGAAACUACCAUAUAUUCC